CGUAGCGUGAAUCGUGUAGAUAGACACGUCCCUGGUAACCUGCUCGUUAAAAAAAAAAACGGGUCACUUGCCCGAAUAUUAUUUACAACUUAAAUAUUUAUUUAAAUAUAUAAUAAAUAUUUUAUAUAUUUAUUAACCAUGUCUUCAAGCAGGUUCACUAUGGUCGUAAGUAAUAAAAUAUAUUUUUUAAAAUAUUGUUUUCAUAAACCAAAGCAUGUCAGAUUGGAAUCGAGUAUCAUUGUAAGAUCAUUUUCUUCAUCUCCAGUCACACAACAAUUAGUAAAGCCACCACUGCAAGUUUUUGGUAUUGAAGGACGUUAUGCUACGGCUUUGUUCUCAGCAGCAAGCAAACAAUCAUCACUGGAUGCUGUGGAAAAAGAUCUGUUGAAAUUCCAGGGAAUGUUGAAAACAGACACAAAGCUGGUCGACUUUGUAAAGGAUCCAUCAAUAAAACGCAAAUUGAAAGCCGAUGCAUUCAAAUUAAUCGGGACUAAAUUAAAUUUAAGCCCAGCAUCAGGAAAUCUGCUGGCCCUGAUGGCCGAGAACGGUCGAUUGGGAUUAUUGAAUCAAGUAAUAAACGCAUUCAAGCUAAUUAUGGCGGCCAAUCGGGGUGAAGUGGUGUGUGAGGUAACAACAUCCAAACCACUUGAUGCUGAGCACAAAGCUAAGCUCGAGGCCGCAUUGAAAUUAUUCUUAACAAAAGGACAGACUCUUCUUCUAACAACAAAAGUUGAUCCGGCUAUUCUCGGUGGCAUGGUUGUCUCAAUCGGUGAUAAAUACGUCGACAUGAGCAUUGCAAGUAAAGUUAAAAAAUAUUCCGACAUUAUCACUACCGCAGCUUAAACUCAUCCAUAAAAUAAAAAUAAUAAUUAUAAAAUUAUACAGAGAAAAUACUAGAUUUAAUAUACGCGGUGUUUCACUGUAGUAAUUCGUGCAUCAUGCAUUGAGGUUUAAUAAAAAAUGUAUGUAAAUAACUGC